CAAGCUCCGGGCCGCCGCCGCCCAUUCCGGCAACAGGCUAUCAGCCAUGGCCGCCGCAUGCUGGAGCUUCGUAUAAAACACACGGCGUGCAGCGGCCGCGUUCCAACCCGCUUGCCUGUGACCUCUUGACGCCUCGCUUCUUCCUUCCCGGCCCGUCUAGAGUUCAAACCCACAGACCUGCAAGCAAUCCGACCUCGCCCCUGUCGACAGGCAGUAUAUCAACCCGCAGCAUUGCCUCGCCGUGUACGCCGCCUGCGCCUCAAGUCCACCCAAGGCCGUCCCAUCUCGCCUUUCCGACGCCUCCCCCCCGCCUCUGCUGCAUCCGCGCGCCCUUCGCCGGCUGGUUUUGCUCGCUCAUGCGCUGCCAAGGCACACUCUAUCCAGUGUUUUGCAUCAAACUUUCCUCCAUCACAGUUUGGUCCGAACUCGCAAAUUAGCAUCACCCUGCCCCAACUCCCCAGUGCGCCGGUCCGGCACAUACACCCGCCAGAGGCGCCAGGCAUCUGUGCUUGAUCACCGGUUCGACUGCCGAUUAUUUAAAGACGGCUUGAACCCCGCUCCAUCUUCAUCUCUCCAGCUUGAACACUACUAUUGCUAGGUAGUAGACGACAAGAGUGGUAGGGGAGUAGCAAUGGAGAAGACCAUCACCACUAGAAAGACGGAGAGGUCUCAUGAGGAGAACCAGGAGCGGGCAUACAUUGCCGCCUCGCGCCGCACUGACCGAAGUCUCGAGGCUCGGGUGCAGUCGGCGCGCAUGGCAAGCGACAUCCACAAGAAGCGCACCGGCAAGGGCUUCCGCAUCACCGAGCAGAUUGUCAUGAAGGAGGAAAUGUACGAGGAGGAGGAAGACAACAUGCCUCGAUCGUUUAGGCUGCUGGCGCCUCACCUGCUGACCGAGUCGCCCGACGUCAACCACCGUCUCCAGGACUUUGUGGACAACCGGUGCCAUAUGUCGAGCCUCCUCGCCAGGACUAACGAGCAAUGGCGCAAGGAGAAUGAGAUCAACAAGAUGUUCGCUGCAUCUUUUCCGCACGCCAAUCAGCAGGCAGAGCAUUUGACCCAGAGCAUGUCCCGCAACAUGUUUCAGAACCAGUCGAUGCCGCAAGGUCAAGCGACGCAGGCUUCGCAACCUCCCUACGUUCCGUCUCCCUCACAGACCUCCCAGGCUCCAUACGUCGCUUCUCCACCGGCGUAUGAGAAUCACCACAAUCAAUCUCCUUUUGGCCAGUACAGCGCGCCAUCACCCUUCGCUACCCAGUCACCCCCGGGCUUCGGGGUACCUUCACCUUCACUGAGCCCUAGGGAACGGUCCGCCAUCCUCGGGGGCGUGGCAUACAUUCCUAGAUCGAAGCGCCGUGCCCGCUCGCGGUCCCGCUCACGGUCUGCCUCUCGCGCCCGCGCGCCGCCCGCGGCUCCUUCGCCCGCAAAUGCCGUCGAGGCCCUCCCCAAUCCCGGCUCUCAGCCAGACACUCCGAGCACCAGGAUGACUAGCAGUUUCGACAGCGCCAUGGAGCCCGAGACGCCUGCCGGCUACGACACCGCUACCUCUAUCUUCACGGCUGAUUUGCCGAACGACGUUAAGAUGCUGAUGAGCCCCAGCGUUAAUCCGGCGGACAUCGCAAACAGCUACGGGCAGACAACGUACGGUCAGGAGUGGGCGAUGGCGCCUAUGCAGUUCCAAGACCAGAGCUCCAUGUACACGCCUGUCAAGGGCGACACUAUGGCGGACCCAUUGACGCAGCUGCCGUAUGAAGACGGUGGCUUGGAUAUCACCUGGGACCAUUUCAUUCACGCCGGCGCCUGGUCCAAUGACCAGUAAAAGCGACGACAGGCUCGUUUGGCUGACCCGCCCGGCCUUCUCUACUCUUCAUGAUGUUUUCUUCUCACCGUCUUAAUGAUUUAAUGCGUCGACUCACGAACUAUACGACGCUACAUUCUGAGCUUAGGCCCGGGUUGCCUUUGAGUACAGCAUAUGUGGCACGGGAAGCACCUGCAUAGGAUUUUAGACCUGAGGGCGAAUUGGGCAACAUGGCUUUGAAUAGCGACUCGAAGGAGGGGUGAGCAAGGCGUUUGUGGCUUGAUCGGAUUAUCAAUCACUGAGCGGUCGACUUGAAAACGAAGCGGACGAAAUGUGGUGACGUGGGCACGGUUUGAUUUUGUACGGCGCUCGCUGUGCGUUUGGGGCUGCGCAAAUUCACGCAUGAUAUCCCAGGGAAUAGAGCCUGCUCAUCGAAGACAGCUCGCCCGUGCUUUGGAUUAGGGGAGCGUUGGACGGGUAGAUGGGUAUACGACGCCAAUUUUUCAAAAACCCAUUGGUACAGUAGUUUGCACACAGAUAGACACUGUACACGAUUAAUACGAAGGGCCUUUUAGGGACCAG